AUGAAAUUGGUUAUUACCGGGUCGGAUCAUUUUCGGUUUCUUUUCGUUGAUUUGGUGCACAACUCCCCGGUUUUGUUUGUGUACUCUUCAACUACUGACACAUGGCAGUCUAUUGAAGCGAGGGAGCCGGUUGAUGGAUUGCCAGGUGGCUGUCAAAAAGAGGAUGACCACGUAUUUCUCCACGUGAUUAAUGGACCUCAUGAAAGCGUGGUGACAGCCGUUGGAUUGAAGGGUGACGCUGAUAAUAAUAAUAAUAAUAAUCAUAAUUAUGUACCAAUGGUUCUACGGCGGAGAUUAAAUUGGAGAGCAACUGACGGAUUCAUGGAUCGGUUACAGGUGUACGGUGAUGGGAACAUGUUGGUCAUCAAAUCCAAUGGUGAGGAGGAUACAGGGGUUCCUUGUAAGAUAAAGGAGCAGAUUAAGAAACCUUAUCGAGUUAUGAAAGGAUGUUUAGAAAGAGGAGAAGGGGUUAUUAGGGCUGUUUUAUUUUCUAAUUAUGAUGGCUUAUGGGACAUAAUUUGGCUAUCUUAUGAUAUGAGGAGGAGUCACUGGACUUGCCUCCCACUACCUGAUUCUAAUAUGAAGGGCCUAAAUAUGGCUGGCAUUGCCUUCUCUUCUGGCCUCACCUUGUUAUGA